CUUCGCUGUUUGUUUUACGAUGCUGUCGCGAGAUUAGAGAAAGUUUAUAAAAAGCCCUGCAAUUAGCAUUUAGCGGCAGUCGGAAAGCAGCCCAGUGGAAAACACGUCGAGAGGAACAGCAACAAGUGGAUGCCACAGAGCAAACAGUUCCAAAGUCAACUCAAAUAUAUCCAAAUCCGAGGAGAUCGGGUGAUAAUGCCCGGCAGCUUAACGGCGGACUUACGUAGCCGCCGCCGCGAAAAUCCAAUCGACCGCAACGGCAAUAUCGGAAGUGUUGGCAAGGAGCAGGCGACAAGUACCGAACAUAAGCUGACAACCGAAUAUUCCCAAAGGGCUGGCGAAAUGCCGUCGGGCAAGGAAGGUCAAGAAUCCAGGCGAACCCUCAGCGAGAGUUCCGCCGAGGACGUUGGACGCACAGGAUCAAGGACCACCGCCGAAGGAAUGUGGCGCAACGAGCUUCCCCUGAAUGCGGACAGCAACUCCGCCCAACCCGAAAGGGGAGAGGAACGGAUUCCCAGCUCCCCCAACUCCAGUAUAAGGUUCAGCGAUGCAGCGGAUGUGGUACUCCGCGUCCUCCUCGUCAUGACCUUCUUCAAGCUGGAGACCAUGACAGCUUUCAAGAGGGAAAUCCACGAGGAGGAGCUCUGGCUGUACAAGAAUCCCCGGAGACCGGACUACGUCAGGGGCGGAGAGCUGCUGUUCUGGGUGAUUGUGGCUCCCUUCCUGGUCACCGUGGCCUUCUACUGGUUCACCAAGGACAGACGCGACUUCAGAGCCGCCAGCUGGGCCUGGACACUGGCUCUGUGCAUGAACGGCAUACCGACGAGCGUGCUGAAAAUAACAGUAGGACGGCCCAGACCAGACUUCUUCUACCGCUGCUUCCCCGACGGCGUAAUGGUCCUUAACACGACGUCGAGCAGUCUGGAGUUACAAUCUUCCAUCUUGGACUUUAACUGCACAGGGCUUCCUGGGGACAUAAACGAGGGCCGCAAGAGCUUUCCCAGCGGACACUCAUCGUUCGCCUUUGCUAGUUUCGGCUUCAUCGCCUACUACGUGGGCGCCAAGCUGCACGCGUUCGACAUCCGGGGGCGUGGCCACACCUGGCGGCUGUGCAUCGCAGUCAUUCCCCUGCUGAUUGCCCUCUUGGUGGCAGUCAGUCGCACAUGCGACUACCACCACCACUGGCAAGAUGUUACCAUUGGCGGGCUGAUUGGCCUGUUUGCGGGCUAUAUAAGCUACAGACAAUACUAUCCCUCCAUAUUUAGCGCGGAUGCUGGCAAGCCGCUGAUCCGGUGGAGCAAGACGGAGGGAAACCAAUACAAGCGGCUAACAGGGAAGGAGAAUGACGACGAGGGCGACGCGUUGCGGAGACCUCUUCUCGCGGGCAAGGAACAAUCCAAAUGGUACUAAAAGCUUUACAUAAUUUAUAGUCAAUUAUUGCUGUCCCGUCUAAGCUCCUCUUAACUUAACAAGCCAUUGCUGUAUUUCCAAUUUACAAUCGUGCUGCUGGGUUACCUCUUAAUGGGUAGGGUUAGUUAGUAGUUCCUCCAAUAAAACAUAGCGCGUCAAUUGCUAAACAUAAA